AAAAAAAAAAAUCUCAAUUCCCUCCCUCUCAUUUCUCCCAUCAGAAAAUAAAAGAAAAUCCCACCUCUUUCUUCCUUCCCAGCUCCUCCGAGCGAGACAAGCUCCCGAUUCGAUCGGCCGCGUUUUCUAUUCCUCUCGGAUUCGAUCGGCGGAGGCGGAGGCGGGGGCGGGGGGCGGGAGAGAUGAGGAAGCGUGAGCGUGAGAACCCGUGCGGGAUCUGCGGGCACUACCACAAGUACGAGGAGGGGGAGGUGUGCGGCGUCUGCGGCCACCGCCCGCCCGCGGCGCCGGCGGCGGGGGCGAGGCAGCAGGACUCCGCGUUCCCGUCGGAGAUCCUCAAGGAGUUCCUCUUCCUCGGCAGCUACGACAACGCCUCCCGCUCCGAGCUCCUCAAGACCAUCGGGGUCUCGCACAUCCUCAAUACUGUACCAUUAUGCCAAAACCUGUACCGGAAUUCAUUCACUUAUCACUGCCUUCAAGAGGACAAAACUCUGCAGUUUGAUGAUGCAAUCCAGUUUCUAGAACAAUGUGAGAGGGAGAAAGCACGUGUCCUUGUGCAUUGCAUGUCAGGGAAAAGUAGGUCGGCAGCAUUUGUUAUAGCCUUCUUGAUGAAAUCAAGGGGGUGGAGACUGGCACAAUCUUUUCAGUGGGUGAAAGAAAGGAGACCACAAGUACAACUAUCUGAUGGGGCACAGCAGCAGUUGAUUGAGUAUGAAACGAAGCUUUUUGGUUCCAAUGUCGGCAUGCCCGCUCCAGCUUUUGCUCCAGCAGAUUCUUUCCCUUCUCUUGGAUUUGGUUUUCCAAAACCAGCAGGUGAAAUCCAAGUGCCUACCUUUAACCAGCAGGCUCCAGCAUCCAUCUUUGAGCGUGUCAGCCCAAACAACUUCCCUAGUAAUUUUACAUUCGGAGCUGAAAGAACUAAUGAAGGGAAACUUCCAGAUAGCAAUAGUUUCAGUGUGAUAAACUCGUCUGGUGGAGAUAGCAUGAUGGACAGCUCCUAGAAUUGUUUUGCUUGUGCCAGUGGCAUUGAUGCAGCAGGCUCCAGCAUCCAUCUUUGAGCGUGUCAGCCCGAACAACUUCCCUAGUAAUUUCACAUUCGGAGCUGAAAGAACUAAUGAAGCGAAACUUCCAGAUAGCAAUAGUUUGGGUGUGAUAAACUCGUCUGGUGGCGAUAGCAUGAUGGACAACUCCUAGAAUUGUAUUGCUUGUGCCAGUGGCAUUGAUACAUGAAAGGAAUGAAUCGAUUGCAAAUUUAGUUGGGUUUCUCGGGAUGUUUUUGACUUCUGAGAAGGAAAUGCAUUUUUGUAAAAGCAUGUUACGAUAUAUGCCAGCACUCAGACAAUUGCUACUGUGCGUUUUAACAAACGUGUGUGCUUUUUUGUGGAACUUUUCAAGUGUAAUUCACGCAAACCGAUUACUUUGGAAAGUUUGAAUAAAAA